CCGGACCCGCCGCGCACUCACACUCACAGGAACUAGUUGUUGGAGCAGAGACAGAGAGAGAGAGAGAGAGCGAGCGCGCAGCAACCACUUCAUUACAUCCUGAGCACCAGCUGGGGGAAAUAUUCACCUGUGCGCAGCCAGGACGAAUUCUCAAGGAUUUUCCUCAAUUCUAACAGACUCCGCCUUGAAGGCGCAGGGAAGGACACCUGACCAAAAUCCCUAUCCAGUAACCAAACAAGUUUUUAUUUUUUUGUUUGUUGUUGUGGCUUUGAAUGAGUGAAAUUUUACACCGAAACUGAGCCGCGUCUGAAGGUGUCGAUUUCAGCUUUAUUUCGGAAAGGCUUCGUUCCCGGUUUCACUGAGGAUCAACCAUGGCGAGACAUGACGCCCGAAAUUGGCCCGACUGCUCAAAAACGCUGGGACUGCUCUGCUUGAUUGCGUCGGUACUAUCACUGCACGGAACAUCAGGUCAGCGGGUGAAGGUGGAGGCAGAGGUGGCGUCGUAUCCUGGCCAGACAGUCAACCUGCGCUGUGCCUUCACUGAUGCCACUGGAAUUCAGCUCACAAUGGUCACAUGGAUCUAUGAACCAAAGGAUGGAGAAAGGAUUAAUAUAGCGGUGUUUCACCCAAACUUUGAUCCCAACUACCCCGAAUCACCUGUGAAGGGCAGAGUCAGCUUUUCACCCAGUCCUCCAAACCUUGCCAGCCCUUCCAUCCAGAUAACCGAUGUUAGAAUGACCGAUGAGGGGAGGUACAUCUGUGAAUAUGCCACCUACCCCAGGGGCAACGAGCAGGGCAUCACCAUGCUUGUCAUGCUGGCUAAGCCUGAGAACUCGGCCUCUGUUGUGACAGUGGUGGCUGACUCUAAAAUGGCUGUUGUGGCCCGCUGUGAGUCUAUGGAUGGCCGCCCCGAAGCACAGAUCAAAUGGGUGACCACAGCCAACGGUAAUGGAACGAUGGUGUCUAAGAAAGGGACCGACAACACCAUGACAGUGACCAGCGAGUACCGCAUGAUUCCCACACCACAAGACAACGGGAAAGACAUCAGCUGUGUGGUGGAACACAGGACCCUGGCCAAACCAGAGAGCUUCCCCAUGAAGCUAGCUGUUCAGUUUGCCCCUCAGGUGCAAAUACUCGGUUAUGACAACAACUGGUAUAUUGGUCGUACAAAUGUCAUCCUCACCUGCGACGCUUCUGCAAACCCCAUGCCAACCACUGUCACCUGGAAGACUAUGUCAGGAGUCAAGCCAGACACGGUGGAAUUCAAAGAGAGAGAGCUGAAGGUGCUCAAGGUGGAUGAGGCUGUCAACACAACUUUUGUCUGUGAGGUCACCAACCGCAUUGGGACCAGAAAGGAUCAGAUCACAGUCUUUGUCAGAGAGCCCCCACAGGCCGCAUCCAAUGCCGGCGUGGUGGCGGGAGCUGUGAUUGGCUCCCUGCUGGCCCUCCUUUUGGUCGCCGCUCUCAUCGCAGUGCUGGUAACCCGCAGCCGCAGGCAGCAGCAGGGUUACCGCGCCAAUGGCGGCAGUGACAUGAAGGUUCGUGUGUUUGGCGGGGGCAAGAAGGCCAGCAAGAAUGGCACAGGUGGAGGAGCGGGAAGCGGCGGCAACAACAACGGCCCCAUCUACGUUUACAACGACAGCUCGCCCCACCAGGCUCUCGGAGACAAAAACAACCACCACCAGCCGCUCACGAUGGGGGGCCGGCCGGAAGUUGUCUCCAGCACACCGACCGCCCAAGACAUCCUGCUAAGCAGUGAAUUAGAUGACGCGGAGAGGAGGAAGUUUGAUGAGCUAGAGGAGGAUGAGCGGUAUGACCACUUCACCGGAGGGGCCCCCAUCCUUCAGCUGCGUCCGCCGCAGGACGAUAUGAUUGGAGAUUACAUGGAUGACGACAUGGAGUCCCAGCGAGAUGGCUCAGUCAUCUCACGGACUGCAGUUUAUGUAUAGAGAAGGAGGAGGAGGAGAAGGGAGGAGGGGGAGAAGGCAGGCAGGAGUAUUGCUCCUGAGGAUUUUGUGGCUCCAGGGUCUUGUCCCUGUCUGAUAGAGAAAAUAAAAUAAUACCACUUUUAUUUUUGAAAAUUGAUUUUAAAUAUAGCGUAUUAUUAAUCACAGUGCAGCCCCAGAAUGAACUGAAUUAUAAGGAGGGUGUGGUUGGAUAUUGUAAAAGGAGCUUUGCUGUUAUCUGGUCCCUGGGAACUGAAAAUCAAGCAGAAAAAAAGAACAACCUGUCUCCCACCGCUUCUGCUCAUCCUCUCGCUAUCACUGGGACCUUGACUCUUGACAGACAGACUAAAGGAGAAACUAGGUAGUGUGGGAGUAGCAUAAUGGAAUCAUGAUACAAGCUUGGCUAUAGAGGAGGCAUCUCACUUGCAUAUUCACUCUUAUCUUCACCAAAACUGUAGCAGUGGAAGGGGUUGUCAGGUACGUGGUGCCUGCACGUCUCAACCCUCCUGUGGGAAACAUUUUGUUUCGGUAAUGUACUUCGCUGUGACAUCUGGUGGGUAGUUAGGAGCUCGGGAUUGGGUCGGAGGGAAAUCAUUUGAACGUGUACAUGGAAACCAUCCGGUGAUUUAGAGAAGCGAACAAUGUAUUUGCUUGUGUCUGCUGGUGAGUUCUCCUCUCCGCUCUCUCUGUAUUCCUCUAAAAUAUGAAAAAAAAAAAACAUCUCUGCAAGCGAUCAGCAUCAGUAGACUCUUGAAUUAAAGCGAGUGAAAUUUAAAAGCAUUAAGCCCCUGUGUGCUGCUCACAUCCAGCAGCAGUUGAAUUUAACAAAGUAAGUUUGCAGAGAGUUGGAGUCCAUAACAAGGUGUUCUCGUGCAAACUUUUGCACUGUGCCUGGAGGUAAGAGACGGUAAACAAGAGAUGAACGAAUGAGGUGUAGUCGAUCUGACAGGGUCAAGGGAAGGAGAGAGGGAUGCAGGAGGCAGGAGGACCAGAGAGGAGCACGUCUCUUCUUUUCUCUCCCUCCUCAUCCUCGUCUCUUCAGAGCGCUCCUGACAGGAGGAGCUGGAUUGGUAAUGAGCCAUGAAGUCGCUCGCUUAGCCAGGACCAACAGAUUGCCACCACUUACCGUUUAUGACGUGGCGAUUUCUCUCCCCCUCCCACCUCGAUCUCUCUAUCAUCCCUCCGUCUCCCUCUCCCCCUCUCCCUCUCUCUCUUCAUCCCUCUCUCCAGUGUUUAUGGGGAGUUUAUGAUUUAUCCAGGGCAGUGUCGGGGUCAGGGCUACCGAGAGCACCGGAGUAUUUUACUGCUCCUAAUGUGUCAAACGCCCCACUUACUCUAUUCCAGCCCGGCCCAGCUUGCCCUGACAUGCUGGGACUGACUAAUCCACCUGGGGUGACCGUGCUCACUCCACUGCACAGACACCCCCAACUCCUCCCAUAAGUGAGUGGUCGGAUGUAACAGAGCCCCACCUGCAAAGUGCGACUUGGUUUGUUAAGACAGAUUUUCAAUGAGAUCGUAUAAUAUUUCUUUCCAUUAGCGGAUGUUAUUUAAUAUAGAGAAUUGAUCGGGAGGCAUAAAACGUUGCCUGCGCAGUGAAGCUAUGGAAGUCAUAUUGAUUAACAGGCAACAUGCAGCGAAGUGGGCCUUUAUGGUGCGGGUUCAGGGCUGAUUGUCUCCUGACUGUUAAUUCAUCCUCUUAACGAGCCACCAGAGGCCCGCUCAGGCAAACGUUACUCCAUGGCUACUGUAGGCGGCCGUCUCUGAGGCUCUGUGUAGCUAUGGGCGACUGUGAUGGACAAUCGUGGAGAGAAGCCUUACUCUAAUCACGCUUUCCCGGCCUUCUAAUCGACUCCCCUCUGACCCGCCGGGGAUCUGGUGAGUGCGGCCUCGGUGACUGCACCGACCUCUUGAGAAGCCCGGCUAAGUUCUGGAUCAGAGUCACGAGGUCAAAUGAAGGGUGUCCCGUUUUCAAGGGCAAAGAUGCCCAUCUGCAUUCCUUAUCGUGUCCGGUUUAACCCUCGGACUGUAGACGCGAGUGAACCAUCCGACGGACCUAGCGUCUUCAUACUGCCUUGGUUUUGCCGUUUUGACGGCUGUUAACCUUCAGAGAGAUGGAGAGAGAACAGGAGAGCGACACGGGAGAGAGACACAGGAGGCUUACGACAAAAAUAGAGACGGCGUUUAAUGUUUGAGCACGGUCUGGCAUUUUGUAAGCCAGUCUGUUCAAUAGGAUUAUCGUCUAAUGGCCUUAGCUUAUACAUAAAUGCAACUCCUGUCAACCUGGGGUACAGUGAAUUUAUCGAACACGGCUGAUUCGUCACAACCACACAACAUGGAAAUGUAUUACAUAUUUUUGCACUUGUGCGUGUGUGCGCGUGCGUAACUGCUACAAAGAGAAUUGUGAGUGUAGUAUCUGGUUUUGAGGGGGGGUUAAAAAAAAUAUAUUGACAAGGGACAAAUCUGUUGUAUGUACAUUUUGGUGUGAGGUAUCCGUGUACUAUAUAUGUAAGCAUCUUUAUUUUUCUUGUGAAAAUGUGGAUAUUUAUGAAAAAUGUAAAUAUCAGAUAGAUGGAGCCAGCGCUACCAGUGUUGCGGAGGUAAAGAGGCAGGCAUCGGCUAAAGCCUAAAGUUCAAAAGUCUCAGAGGGCGUUCAGAAUGUAAUUUUUAACUUACCUCGGUAGUUUGGGUGUUAUAACAUACUCAACCGGCUGAGCAUACCUAAAGCCUAAGAGUCGAUUGGAUUUUGGGGGGAUGGGGGAAAAAAAAAAAGUUAUAUAUAUAUACUGUUCUUUUGUAAUUAAUUCUGUUCAAGUUAGCAUUGCACACAUUUAGACAUAACAAGCACAUACUAUUUUCCUUGUGGACAAUUGCCUUCCUCCUCCUUGUCGGACACUCUGCACAAUUCAUAGGUACACAUAAUACUCAUAUUUCAUUAGGUAGACUGUGUCCACACAAGCCAGGGUCUGUGCUGCGUCUGAGUCAGCUCUCUGUGUGUGUACAUAGUUGCGUGUCACUGUGUAUUUUUGUGACGCUUGCAGGCUUUGGGACGUCCUCCUCCUGCCACAGGGGCUGUAACCCGAGUAGCCCCCCUUUGUCACCACGGAAUAACGGCAAACUGAAUUUAUUAUCGCGCAUUUCAAAGACCCACUCCCUUGUGCGCACGCAACUAUACAUAUACAUACACAGAAUGCAGAGAAACAUUCGCCCACGCACAAACACCCCUCAGUCACUCUCAUUAUGCUCACUCCUACAGCCAAACUGUGCGGAAGACACCUCAUACCUGACAACUCUGCCAUCCCCUGACACAAGCCCACACAAAUGCGCUCACAUAGCUGCACACGAAAAACACUUCUUCUUCUUCUCUCUCCUCGUCUUACUCCGCGGCUCUUGUCUGCACGUAUACCAUGUCCUGUUAGUUUGGAAAGAGUUGUAGCAUGAUGUGUCCCCGUGCUCCACUGAUUUCUAUCCAGAAAAUGGUCCAACCCGCUCCCGAAUCAGUGACCAUGUAGAGACGACCACACAUUCGGACACACACACACACACACCUUUCACCCAGUGUCAGAAGAUCAGGCUUUUCAGAAGGGCGUUUGUCCGUUCCACUUUUGUUCUUUGCGGGAAAGAUAGCUUUCAUAAAAACAACACGGUUUUGACCACCCCCUCCCUCUCCCUCAUGCCUUUGAAUGCUUUUAGGAGAGUCACAACUUCCUGCUCCUCUCCAGAAUGUUGUUUUUAACUUCUCUUACUGCUUUAGCCAUUUCCACUGUCGCAAACGCCUCCACAGACACACGCACUCACACAUCAUCGCUUCCCACCUCAGCACCAAAGUAAGGCAUGUCAGACAAAAUGCUUUUAGACAAACCUGCGAUUCUAGUCCCAGACUAGCACAAGGUUAGAUAGUUGAAAUAUCCAAUAUUUGUACUUUUUUUUUUUCAUUAGAAAGCCACAUACUGUUGUUGUUUGUUUGGCUCCAAACAUCUGUUGACUAAUCAAAGCCUUAACAUCUCACAUCUAAAAAAAAGAAAAUAACAGAAAACCUUCCUGUGUACAUAGUAUAAAUAUAUAAAUAUGUAGCAGAGGAAAAGAGUUACUAAUUUAUGGUGUCACGUUUGUGUAUUACUCAGUGACGGCAAGCAUGAAGGAUUUAUUUUCUCCUAUUACAGUUUCUCCUCUUUUCUGUUAUUUUGCAGUGCUUUAUAAUUUAUGUUUUCUGAGUGCUUUAUUCUUGACUGCUGCAAUGUGAUUGCUGCCAAAACUGGCAAAUGUGCUUCUUCUAUACAAACUGUGUACACACGACAAAACGGGCAGUCUUACCCCAAAAUGUGCUUUUUAUUAUUGACUGUGUAAAUGUUGCUUUGUCUUUUUUUUUUUUUUUUUUUUUUUUUUUUUAUAUAUAUAUUCAAUUUUGAAUUCAUUCUGGUUGUCGAAAAGAAACACCAAAUUAGAGCUGUUGUCACCACUUUGUCAUGUCUUUCUAUAUUUUUUUCGUAUUUGGUUGCUAUUAAAGAUUUCUUGAUUUUUGAAAUGGUC